AUGGGUAUCGAUUUGGACAAGCACCACGUGCGGAACACCCACCGCAAGGCUCCCAAGAGCGACAAUGUCUACGUCAAGCUCUUGGUGAAGCUGUACCGCUUCCUUGCCCGCCGCACGGAUGCGGACUUCAACAAGGUCGUCCUCCGCCGCCUCUUCAUGUCGCGCAUCAACCGCCCCCCGAUGUCCAUCUCCCGCAUCGUCGCGACCGCCGCCAACAAGAACUCCGGCAAGUCGCACGAGGGCAAGACCAUCGUCAUCGUUGGCACCGUCACCGAUGACAACCGCCUGCUUGAGGUCCCCAAGCUCUCCGUCGCUGCUCUGCGCUUCACCGCCACCGCCCGUGCCAGGAUCACCAAGGCUGGCGGCGAGUGCCUGACCCUCGACGAGCUCGCUCUCCGCGCCCCCACCGGCGCCAACACCCUCCUCCUCCGCGGCCCCAAGAACGCCCGUGAGGCCGUCAAGCACUUCGGCUUCGGUCCCCACUCGCACAAGAAGCCUUACGUCGAGUCCAAGGGCAGGAAGUUCGAGCGUGCCCGUGGCCGCAGGAGGUCCAGGGGUUUCAAGGUGUAA